AUGAUGCCAGUCUCCAGAGAGGAACUGACAUUGUACGGCGAUAAAGGCAGUUCUUUGAAUCUUUCGUGUUUAUGGGCUAUCUCUGAUGAAGUUGUUUUGGGUGGUGGUGCUCGCGACCUGAGGAAGGAGGAUGGUGUCAACCUUGCUUAG